CUAUCAAAAUCUUUGAGUUAUAUCAAGCAGUUUUAACAAUAAAAGAGUUUUCUGAUUUGCAUUUAGAAGAAUAUCAAGAACAAUUUUUAUUCAAAAUUUUUGAGCAUUGGAAUAAAUGCGAUAAAUUAAUUGAAGAAACUACUGAUAAUAACAAAUUAUUAGCUAUUAAAGAUAGACUUGGUGCAUAUGAUAAUAUUCUAGAAGCUUAUUUUGCCUCUUAUCUUGAUCCUCAGUUUAAAAAUUGGUCUUUGCUAGUAAUAAAACAAAAAGCUCAAGAUAUAUUGUUAGAAAUAAUAAAAGCAAGAGCUAAUGCUAUAGAUAUCCCAGUACAAACAAAAAUAGAUCAGCUUUAUAAUGAUGUUUAA